AUGCCUAAUGGAUCACUUGAGAAGUUCAUAUAUGAAAACAAAGAUCCAUUAAAGUUAAAUCUUCAAUUGAGUUGCAAAACUAUCUACAAUAUUGCAGUUGGAGUAGCCCGCGGAUUAGAGUAUUUGCAUAAGGGUUGCAAUACUAAAAUCUUACAUUUUGAUAUAAAGCCUCAUAAUAUAUUGUUAGAUGAUGAUUUUUGUCCUAAGGUUUCGGAUUUCGGACUUGCAAAAGUAUGUGCAAGAAAAGAAAGUAUCAUAUCUUUAUUGGGUACCAGAGGUACAGUAGGAUACAUUGCUCCUGAAGUGUUCUCUAGAAAUUUCGGCGGUGUCUCUCACAAAUCUGAUGUAUAUAGCUAUGGAAUGAUGGUUUUAGAAAUGGUUGGGGGAAAACAGAAUAACAAUGUUGUUGAAGUUGAACGGUCGAGUGAAAUUUAUUUUCCACACUGGGUUUACAAGCGUCUUGAACUGAAUCAAGAGCCUAGAUUGCGGAGCAUUAAAAAUGAAUUUGAUAAGCAAAUUGUGCAAAAGAUGAUUAUAGUAAGUUUAUGGUGUAUCCAGACGGAUCCAUCACAUAGGCCUGAAAUGAGUAAAGUGGUAGAUAUGAUGGAAGGUAGCUUGGAAUCUUUGCAAAUACCACCAAAACCUUGUCUCUUUUCACCUCCCAGGUCUCCCUCAAAAUCAUCAGAUUAUAACACUCACGCAUCUCAAGAUUUUUAUACUUCAGGGUCACUUCACUACACUGAUUCUGAACCUUUAAUCAUUACGCCUUAG